AUGUCAUGGCGUAACUCUAUUUUAUCACCUGAUGGAGGAUCUCAAAGAGAGUAAAUAUAAGAAAUUAAGACUUUGGUUUAAAUCAAAAUGUUGCCAAGUUAAGCAUAGCAUUUUUUAUAAGUUCCUUUUUCAAAUGAUAUCUCUAUUGUGAUUACAAUCUUUAUCAAAUUGGGAUUCAAAGAUUUCUUAAAUAUUAAAAUGGACACGAAUUUUAAAGAUAAGCUGUUCAUCUUGAAAUUGUACUUAGAACUCUUAUUCAACCAGUAGUUUGGUCAUUUAUGGGGUAAUUUGGAGAUAUAUUUGUAAUUGUGUUGGUUCUGAUGGUUUCAAUAAUAAUAUUUUGCAUAUUACCAAUUCUAAUCAGAUUUGGUAAUUGUUUCACUGAAUUAAAGAAUAGUUUAACCACAGACAAAUCAUAGUCGAAGUUUUUUUACUUAGUUGCUAGUUAAUUAAUUGUACAUAUACUUUAUGUAGCUCUGUAUAUUAAACCAUUAAUUUAAAACUUGAAUUAUGUAUUUCAUUUCCAAUUUUUGGCAAUCAUAGUAAUUACCAUUUUAUUAAUACUGACUACAAAAUGGAGAUGGAUAAACAUAUGGCCAAAGGUUAAGAUUGGAUUAUGUUACUAAAAGAUUAACCAGAGUAAUAUGAUUCUGUAAAGAGAAGGGUUGAGGGAUUGCUAAGAGGAUUUGUUAUUGUGGCAUAUCAAUUAUUAUCGAGAAUAGCUAUUCCAUUUUUAUUAUAUAUGAUCCUGUUAUUGAAGAACUCCUAAAUUCCUGAGACAAAUAUUAGAUAUAACUAUCUACCAGCGAAUUAUGAUGUGAAUGAAUAGUAUUGUGUUAAAGAAAACAUUGUUAUGACGGACCUUUUAUUCGAGGACAAGGAUGAUCCUGUUGAAGACUGUACAUAUUAAUUUAUUAGUAUUAUAGUGAAUUCUGAUCCAUCUAAGAUAAUCAUGAAAAGGAUCACCUAAUAUGGGAUCUUCACUAAGUCAUUCAUUUAUACAUUUAUAGAAUUCUAUUAUUUUAUUAGCUCGUGUUAUCUGUAUUUUAUAUAUUCUCCCCCAAUAAACCCAAUCAGUGAAGUAAACUCAAAAGAAGAAAAAGCAAUGA